AUGAUCAGACGCGUACGCCCCUGUUGCUUGCGAACCUAUCCCGACAAAAAGCCCAGAUGGUAUUUCUGCAUCGAGCGCACGUCAAAGCGACCGGCGAACCAUGAUCUGGAACGAGGUUGCUGCGGCAAUGACGGAAACCAAGACUUGAAAUUGACUGAGUUUGAAAAGGAUGGUUGGGACGACGUGAAAGCUCGGAUUGAAGCCGACAAACCUACGAUAUUACUUGACCGUAAAGAUGACAAGGAACUUACGGCAAUGUACAUUGAACGAAGCGAAAAAGCCCCACACCGAUUUUUCUACCCAACAACGGAGUGCUGCGCUCAAUUCAGGAAACUGUUGCCAGAUGUGCAGGAAAACUCGCGAGACCAUGUGGUAGCACGAGACGGACGACAUUGGACGGACACUGAUCUCGAGGAAUACAAUAAAACGGUCCAACGCAAUUAUGCAGAGCUCUGCUCACUUUUGGAAUGCCUCGAGAAGAAGAGUGGUUUUGUUGGUCGGUUGCCACAUGUAGCGGCACAUCAACCAAACCCCGGAUUCGUGGAGCGCUACGGGUUCGUAGAGUUUAAUGGUACAUUUUUCACCGUUCUCAGC